AACGCCAGUACACAAUCACGAAUAAAUUUAUUUAAUUACCUACUUCUUAUUACACAACCAAACACUAUAAAACAUUAACUGAGUUGUUUAAAAACACUUCUUUGAAACUCCCUCUCAAUGUAUUUAUUUAUUCAUUGUUAAAAACAGUGUAAACAUAACCUCACAAACGAUAACAGAUGUCAUUUGACAGGUGGUGAUAAAAAUUAUCAAAAUGUUUCUGUUCUAAUUCGGUUUUUGAAAACGCACCCAUGGCGUCUCGAAGUCUAACUGACGUUUUCUUGCUAAUGCGAAAUAAUGCUGUCCGCAGUCGUCACAUCUACCCCGACCAGGACAACUCGGAAAGAAUGCACUUGGUGUCCCUCAACGACAUGGAGGAGGGUUUGGGGGACCGCAACGACAACCGAAUGCCCCCCAUGUGGAUCGACUAUUUGGAAAAAGCCCAAAUGAUUCUACCAAAACUCAAAGCGAAGAUUAACGAACUGAAAAUGUUGCAUUCGCGGCUUUUAAACAGGCCUACUUUUGACGAAAGCCCCACUGACGAGAUUGCGAUUGAGAAUUGCACGCAAGAGAUAACGAGGAUGUUUAAUGAAACCCAUAGAUUAGUGCAGAUUAUUAAAAGCCACUCUUCCGAAGGGCCGAUGAAAGAACAGAGACUUACCAUUAAUGUUUAUCACUCUUUGGCAAGCGCACUCCAGGAGUUAUCCACAAUGUUUAGGUCUACGCAGAAUAAUUAUUUGCGACAAAUUCAGUCGCGAGAGGACCGCGCAAAAAUUUAUUUUGAUAAUCAACUGGAAGACGAGGAUUUGUACAACAGGGAGGUUGAUGAUAUUGACACCUAUUUUGUGAACUCGAAACAGAUGAGUCAGCAGCAACUAUUGUUGCUAGAGGAAGAAAACACCAGAUUUGCGCAAGAACGGGAACAAGAAGUGAACGCGAUUGUUAAGUCAAUUGUAGACUUGAAUGAAAUUUUUAAAGACCUCAGUCAAAUGGUUGCGGACCAGGGGACUGUUCUAGACAGGAUUGAUUACAACGUUGAACAGACGCAAAUUCAAGUCUAUGAAGGUUUUAAACAAUUACAAAAGGCAGACGCUUACCAGAGAAAAAAUCGAAAAAUGUGUGCUAUCCUCGUAUUGGCUGUAACCACAAUUGUUUUAUUUUUUACUUUAAUUAUCGUGAAAUCCUAGUCGUGAUAACGUAAUUUUUAUAUUAUUUAUGAAUUAUUCACUAAGCCAAAUAUUUAUUUAUGUAAAUAAAUGAUUGAAAAGCA